AGGUGUAACACUUUUACUUACCUUAGUGACUUCUGCGGUCCUCACCAGAGGUCCAGAGGAGAGUCAGAGAGACCGAGAGAGAGGCAUCUCGUGCGCGUAGGAGAAAAGAAUUCAGGCAAGUCUACCAUCGCCGCAGACCCCCACCGCCACCAGACACAGCAUAAAAAGGUCUCCACCGUCCGGUGACUCCGCCCAUCCGCCGCUUCUGAACACCCUUCAAUCGGAAGGUCUCAAUCCUGAUAAAAACCCUACUCACUCAAGGAUGUCGGAAAACAACGCGGUGAUAGGGCUUUCAUGGCAACCUAAACUGGAUGCUUUUUCAUCUACCAAAGUUGAAAAGAUCUCUUCCAAGGAAGCUGAAACCAGUGCCCUUUACAAACCCAAUUCUCAACUCAUUGAUGGUCUUUUUCUUCCUCCCAAUGACCCCAGAAAGCUCAACAAAUUGUCCAAGAAACAAGUAAAGGAUACUGCCGGCAAGAAUUGGUUUGAUAUGCCUGCUCAAACAAUCACCCCGGAGCUGAAAAAAGAUCUCCAGCUAUUGAAGUUGAGGAGUGCAGUAGAUCCCAAAAGGCACUAUAAGAAGGGUGAUUCUAGAUCAAAAACACUUCCCAAGUAUUUCCAGGUGGGCACUGUUAUAGAGUCAGCAACUGAGUUCUUUACUGGUAGACUUACUAAGAAGGAGAGGAAAACAACCCUUGCUGAUGAGCUGCUCUCCGAUGGUAACCUUCGUGAAUAUAGGAAACGAAAGGUUCGAGAGAUUGAAGAAGUAAACCGGCCAGCUGGGGUGGACAAGUGGAAGUUAAAGAAGUCGCGGAAGCAUGGAAAGUCAGGAAAGAGUAAUAGAUCAAAAAAAGGGCACUGAAAUAGCCCGACAUUCAAAUCGCCCUUCUGUUACCAUUGAUAUUGGCUCAUAACGAACUCCCAACUGCCAAUUUAUCCUAGAAAUGUCACCAGUGCUGCUGGAGAACUGUGGAUUAACCAUUAUCCUUUAGUCAUUUUUUGCGAUCUUCCAGAGAUUCUUCUUGCUUUGUUGGUAUGAUGGGCAAUACCGAAGUGCGUCUACCACAUGGCCAUGGCGAAUAUUAGUUACACCAUCAAUUUCUCCUUCCACUUCUUGGCUGCCUGUUCGGAUCUUGAAAUCUCAGUGGUAGCCUGGACGUGUUAAGAUUUAUUAUAUUACUACAGUGGAUAACAAAGUGGAAGUAAUGCAUCUUGUAGUCAAGUUGUUAAACAUUACUGCUUGUUUUAUUUUGCAUUAGUCUGGAGCUAGUUUUAUAAAAAAUUAAUGUGGGUUAAGACA